UUGUGCCCACCAUUGAUGACUCUUCACCACACCCACGCACUCGCAACACGCCCAAUGCCUCUUCUCGUCUUUGCUGCUCGCAAGUGAACCUCGUAUGCAGAAGCUGCGCAUCUGGGACUUGACCAAUCUCGGAUCUUUCCAACUAAUCCUCGCUGAAGCCGCGGUGCUGUUCGUGUCGGAGCAACUGGUGAGCUAAAGCAGCAGACCAGCUACAUUUGCAACAACCCGAUCCAUACGCUGCCAAACAUGGCGAACCCCAAUGGCACGUCCACUGCCACGAAAGUGUCAAUCUUAGGCAAAGACACCAUCAUUGUCGACUACGGCCUGUGGCCAAACUAUGCCACCCACGACCUGCUCACCAACAUCCCUUCGUCGACCUACGUCCUCAUUUGCGACUCCAACCUCGCCAAGCUCCCAUACGUGCCAGCCUUUGUCGAUUCUUUCAAUGCCGAGCGAGCGAGACUGGGCAAGAAGCCGGAAGAUGUGCGGCUUCUCGUCCUUGACAGCAUUCCUCCGGGAGAGACCAGCAAGAGUCGAACAGUAAAAGCUCAGAUCGAAGACUGGCUGCUCAGUCAAGGGUGUACGCGUGAUACAAUUCUACUUGCACUGGGAGGAGGUGUUAUGGGCGACUUGCUCGGCUAUGUGGCAGCGACAUACAUGCGAGGAAUCAAGUUCUGCCAGAUUCCCACAUCGCUGCUAUCCAUGGUCGACAGCUCCAUUGGCGGCAAGACUGCAAUUGAUACCCCGCUAGGCAAGAACCUCAUCGGGGCCUUCUGGCAGCCAGAGAGGAUAUACAUCGAUCUUGCUUUCUUGGAGACAUUAGACAAGAGACAGGUGUGCAAUGGAAUGGCCGAAGUUGUCAAGACUGCUGCCAUCUGGGAUGAGGAGGAAUUCGAGAGGUUAGAAGAGGGAGCUGACGCGAUCAUGGCGGCACUAGAGAGACCGCUAGGCAAAGGCAGAUUCGAGGGAAUUGAGGACGUCUUCAAGAGGAUUGUGCUUGGAAGCGCAAGAGUCAAAGCUGAGGUGGUCACUGCAGACGAAAGAGAAGGCGGGCUGAGGAACUUGCUGAACUUUGGUCAUUCCAUCGGACAUGCGUACGAGGCAAUUCUGACCCCUGAGAUCCUGCACGGCGAGUGUGUCGCUGUGGGGAUGGUAAAGGAAGCAGAAUUGGCGAGGUACUUGGGUAUUCUGGAGCCGGCUGCUGUCGCCAGGCUCACGAAGGCGAUCAAGAGCUACGGGCUGCCGACAAGUCUGGACGACAAGCUGAUAACUACCAAGACGCGGAAAGUAUGCGAAGCUGAUGAGCUGCUGAGAAGAAUGGCUGUCGACAAGAAGAAUGCAGGCUCCAAGAAGAAGAUCGCGCUACUAGCAUCAAUAGGGAAAUGCUACGAGCCCGAAACCGGCCCAGGUGCGACGAAGUGCGACGAUAAAGACAUCAGGAUCGUGCUUUGUCCUUCUGUUCUGGUCAGACCUGGUGUUUCGAAAGAUUUGAACGUGGUUUGCAAGCCGCCUGGGAGCAAAAGCAUAUCGAACCGAAUCCUGCUAAUGGCGGCAUUGGGUAAAGGCAGCUGUAGGAUCACGAACCUACUGGCCUCCGAUGAUACGCAGUACAUGUUGUCAGCGAUUGCAAGCCUUCAGGGCGCCACAUAUGGCUGGGAAGACGAGGGACGUGUGCUUGUGGUCAAUGGAAAUGGUGGCAAGCUGAAGGCGUCUUCAGAUGAGAUCUACAUCGGCAAUGCUGGGACUGCUUCCCGCUUCUUGACCACAGCAUUGUCUUUGGCGGAGCCGACGAAGGAUGCUUCACACACGGUCCUCACUGGCAACGCUCGCAUGCAGGAGCGUCCUCAAGGUCCUCUUGUCGACGCCCUGAAGGCCAACGGAGUGGACAUGGAGUACUUGGGCAAGCCAGGUAGCCAAAGUCUGCCGCUUCGCAUUGGUGCGGCUGGCGGUUUCGAAGGCGGCGACAUCGAAUUGACGGCGAAGGUCUCCUCGCAAUACGUCUCGUCUAUCCUCAUUUCCGCACCAUAUGCCAAGAAGCCUGUGACGCUGCGUCUUGUGGGCGGUAAGGUCAUCAGCCAGCUGUAUAUCGACAUGACAAUAGCUAUGAUGGCCAGCUUCGGCGUUCAUGUGACGCGUAGCAAAACGGAGGAGAAUGUGUACUACAUUCCCAAGCAAAGCUACGCCAACCCACCUGAGUACGAGGUCGAGAGCGAUGCCAGCAGUGCUACUUAUCCUCUUGCUAUCGCUGCUAUCACAGGCACCAAGUGCACAGUGCCAAACAUCGGCUCCGCUUCUCUGCAGGGAGAUGCACGUUUCGCUGUUGAUGUCCUGCGGCCCAUGGGAUGCACCGUAGAGCAGACAGAAACUAGCACAACGGUGACCGGUCCUGCGUUUGGCCAGCUGCAGCCUCUGCCAGAGAUUGACAUGGAGCCGAUGACAGAUGCCUUCUUGACCGCCUCCGUUCUGGCUGCUGUUGCGCAGCCGGGAAAGCACGGUGCAACGACGAAAAUUAUCGGCAUUGCCAACCAAAAGGUCAAGGAGUGCAAUCGUAUCGUGGCCAUGAUUGACGAGCUUGCGAAAUACGGCGUGGUUUGCAGAGAGCUGGAUGAUGGCAUUGAGAUUGAUGGUGUCGGAACCGCGAUUCAGGCGCCGCGUGAUUCGAUUCACUGCUACGACGAUCAUCGUGUGGCCAUGAGCUUCAGUGUUCUUGCUACUGUCGCUCCUCAAGGCAGUCUCAUACUCGAAAGGGAAUGUACAGGCAAGACCUGGCCUGGUUGGUGGGAUAUCUUGCAUCAGACUUUCGGCGUCGAGCUCGAAGGAGUGGAACCCGAACAUAAUGCGGUAGCGAACGGCCACGCAAAUGGUGUCGAUGAGAGACAUGGGUACGUGAAUGGAGAGGUCAAGAAGUCUGUGUUCAUCAUCGGCAUGCGAGGCGCUGGUAAGACGACGACCGGAGGUUGGGCUUCACGAAUUCUUGGCUGGCCAUUCGUCGACAUGGAUACAGCGCUGGAGGAGCAAGAGGGCAUGUCGAUUCCUGAGAUGUUGAAGGACAACGACUGGGAUGGGUUUCGUCAAAAGGAACUCAAACUGCUCAAGCGUCUGAUGAAGGAAAAGCCUGAAGGCUAUGUCUUCGCUACUGGUGGUGGUCUGGUCGAGACCCCAGAAGCCCGUGAACUACUGAAAGCCUGGCAAAAGGACGGAAUGGUGCUUUACAUCACGCGAGACGUCAAAGCGAUCAUGGAUUACCUCAACAUUGACAAGACUCGUCCUGCUUACGUCGAGGACAUGAUGGGAGUCUAUCUGCGACGGAAGCCGUGGUUCGAGGAGUGCAGCAAUCUUCACUACCACAGCCAGACAGUGGAUGAGACCACUGCUAUCGUGGGCUGGACCAGUCCCUUGGAUGACUUCACCAGAUUCCUCAACACAAUGACGGGGAGAAGCGGCGCGUUGCAAAAGAUCCUGGCUAAACAGCACUCCUUUUUCCUGUCCCUCACGAGCCCGACAAUCCAAGACAUUGUGACUGUUCUGCCUGAAAUAACGAUGGGCAGCGACGCGAUAGAGCUCCGAGUGGAUCUGCUCGUAGAUCCAGACAAGGAACCUGGCGAGACGCACUGGAGGCCUGGUUUCUUGAGCGAGCAAGUGGCGUUAUUGCGAGCUUCUACAACGCUGCCACUGAUCUUCACGCUGAGAAGUGUCAGUCAAGGCGGACAAUUUCCGGAUGAUGCGACUGAGCAGGCCAUUGCGCUGUAUGCUGAGGGGCUGCGCAUGGGCUUCGACUUUGUGGAUCUGGAAUUGACGGCAGCACCUGAAGUGAAGGACUAUGUGCUCAACCACAGGAAAAUGUGCACCAUUAUAGCUUCUCACCACGAUCCAAAAGGACAGCUCUCCUGGGCCGAUGGAGCCCCAGAGUGGAGAGUUCACUUUGAUGCUGCUCGAGAAUACGGCGAUAUUGUCAAACUCGUCGGUGUGGCCAAAGACUUUGACGACAAUGACGACCUGAGGACUUUCAAGAAAGCUAUGGCGAAGGAGUUUCCUGAUCUGCCUGUCAUCGCCAUGAAUAUGGGGGAGCUAGGAAAGAUGAGCCGGGUCACCAACGGCUUCAUGACACCUGUCAGCCAUCCAGCUCUGCCAGUGAAGGCUGCUCCGGGACAACUGUCUGCAGCUGAUAUCAGGAAGGUAUUGGGCAUCGUCGGAGAGAUCUCAGCCAAGAAGUUCUACUUGUUCGGGAAGCCAAUCCAGCAGUCGCGCUCGCCGGCACUUCACAACACACUCUUCGGGGUGACUGGCCUGCCGCAUACCUACGGUCUGUACGAGACUGAUCGUAUCAUCGAGGCCGAGGACAUCAUUCGUUCGCCGCAGUUCGGCGGAGCCAGCGUCACGAUCCCUCUCAAGCUGGAUGUCAUGCCUCUCCUUGAUGCUAUUGACCCGGCAGCGGAGACGAUUGGAGCCGUGAACACGAUCGUGCCAACCACGACGUCUGACAAUCAGAAAAUCCUCGUCGGCCACAACACAGAUUGGCAAGGUAUGGUUCUAGCCCUCCGCAAUGCUGGUGCCCGAGGCACUGCAGGAGUGCUGCGCGAAGCCGGCAUGGUAGUUGGUGGUGGUGGCACAGCUCGCGCCGCGAUCUAUGCACUGAAGAACAUGGGAUACAGCCCGAUCUACUUGCUUGGGAGAAACAAGGAGAAGUUGUCUCAGCUCACUGCUUCAUUCCCGAAAGACUACAACGUUGUGCUUCUCUCGAGCGCCGCGGAGGCGCAGGCUGUCCCGGCUGACCAAGCACCUGUGGUCGCUGUCGGUACCAUUCCUGGCGAUUUGCCGAUUGAUGCUACCCUCGAAAGCAUCCUCAAAGUUAUCUUCGGACAGGGUCUCAAGGCUGGAACGGCAUCAACAGGCGACAAGAUCUUGCUAGAGAUGGCUUACAAGCCUGCCGUCACACAGCUCAUGGAAAUGGCCCAGCAGAGUGGAUGGAAGACUGUGCCAGGGCUUGAGGCUCUCGUCGCGCAAGGCGUGCAUCAGUUCAAGUUAUGGACUGAUAUCAUGCCGCUGUACAGUCUGAGUAGGGACGCAGUAUUGGGAAACAUUGCAUAGUGAGCAGGAGGUCCAAGGGAGAUCGUUCAUGUACAGUACAUUUUUCGGCACUCGUCAUGCAGAAUUCAACUU